GAGCUUUGCGGCAGUCGGACUCUGAACCAUGCAGUAAAAGCUCUGUAAGCUCAACAAUAAUAGUUUAUAGUUUGUUCCUGUAGCUUUCUUGUGUGAACGGCUGAAAAGGGAAAGAUAUAAUGGCCGCAGAAGGCAGCAAUGGACCCCCCGGGCUGGCCCCCCCAGAACCAGAAGUGGGGCCCGAUGGGGAGAUCAUCGGGGGGCCACGGACCCCGCAGCAAAUCGCUGCGCAAAAGAAGAUGCAGAUGACUAAAGCGCAAGUUGAUGAGGUGGUAGAUAUUAUGAAAACAAAUUAUGAAAAAGUGUUGGAGAGAGACGUGAAGUUAUCUGAACUGGAUGAUAGAGCAGAUGCUCUUCAAUAUGGUGCCUCACAAUUUGAACAACAAGCGAAAAGUUUGAAGAACAAGUUUUGGUUACAAAACUUGAAGAUGAUGAUCAUAAUGGGGCUAAUCGGUCUAGUCAUUAUAGGUCUACUGUACGUUCGAUACCGUGGCACGCCCAGCGUGACCAGCAUCACUGGUGGUGGAAGCGAUGCUGCAGUGGCCCCGGCACCGGCUCCAACGGCAGACAACGCAGUGGUGCCCACCAACCCACAUUAAAAAUACACGUGACACACCCCGGCGUCUUUUGGACGAAAUACUUAAAAAUAAAAUUUAGUUAUAAGAAUAAUGUUGUGUUAUGUAACUCUCAAUGAAUUGAAAACGGGUUAUUUUACUAGAUUACAUAGGUAAUUAUUUAUGUUUAUAUGUAAGAAAGUACUUACUAUACAACGAUGGCUACAUUAGUUUUACAGUCACAAGAAAAAAUAUUAUACUAGACAUGUAAAGUAUAAAAGUUAAUUACUUAUUUAUUUAUUAAUAUGUUGUAGGUAAAGCGAAAUCUAUGAAAAAUAAUGACCUAAAUGUAAUGAAAAAUUUAAAAUAUGAAUUCAAUACUUAUGAAUGUUGUACAAUGUUCGGGUAAUACCCAUUAUUCUUCAUGAAAAUUAUAGUCGGACUAUGACAUCUUGAGCUGUGAAUAAAUUCUUUUGCGUGCCUUGUAUUGAUUAGACUUUACUAUACUUCAACUGUAGUCACGAGUAUUAAAUACCAAUGACAGAGUCUUCAAAAGUCUUCAAUGUAGAAACACGUAACUAUAAAAUCUAUAAAUAUUAUAAAAUGGAUUGCCUUACCUUUUUACUGGAAUUGAAGUGAUGAGGUUUAGUUGUGAGGAUGUGAUAGUGUUGCCAAUUUAUAUUCGAAUAUUGAUCGUAGCUAUAGUUCUGAUACUAUA